AGCCUGCUGGGGGUUGUAGUGUCCGCUCCACAGGAUCUGCUAUGGAUGAAUAUUAUUUCCCACAAUCCACCUGGGCUGUGGCAGCUGAUCACAGUGAAAGUGAAGGAGAAACCAGUUCGGACUCAGAUAUCUAUGACUAUCCUAGACCCCGAAUCCUCUCAUCCGCUCCGCCUGCAGCUGCCGCUCCUCCUGCUUCUGCCGCUCCUCCUGCUUCUGCCGCUCCUCCUGCUUCUGCCGCUCCUCCUGCUGCUGCCGCUCCUCCUGCUGCUGCCGCUCCUCCUGCUGGUGAUAAAACUGUAGGUGCGGAGCAGUACAUGGCGAUGACUGAUCUGAACCUCUGUGACUCUCCAGUCACCUCACAGGACUGGUGACUACUGGAGCGUCAGAUGCCUAGGACUGUGGAGUACACCUGCGCACACACUGGGGAACAGUCCGGGGUCUUCCCUGAUGUGGGGGGUCACCCAGAGGUCGCGAAUGAGGAUGGAGUGUGUGGGGGUCCCAUGUCCACGUUAUCUCAUAUGUCUGGUGGGGGUCACUGAUAACCAGCAUGAUGGCGUCACUAUAAUUGUGAACACAGCAGCCCCCCAUAAUAGUGACAUCCCCUGGACCACCAUACAAUGACCCCCUCCAUAACACUGAUCAACUUAUCCCUGAUCCUCCCCCAUAACACAGAUCAACUUAUCACCUAUCCUCCCCAUAACAC